UUAGCGAAAAUUAAUCACUCAAGGGUUUAGAAAGUGGCCCCAACUGUGCGAAUACAAUCAGGAGGGAGGCUCUUCAUGUGGGGCCAGGGUCAAUGUGUAUUACACUUGAAAAGCAAGGUCCUUCCUGGCUUUGGAGUCACACCUCGUUAGCAGGAGAGGCAGAUCCCUCACACUCAGUAAUUGUCCGUUUGCAUAUUCCACCCUAAUGGGCUGCACAGGGGGUGGGUUUUCAUUAUAUUGCGGCUCCCUCGGUGGCCGCUGUCCCACUGCCCACUCUCGGCUGACAGUGUGCCAUGUGCUGUAGACUCGGAGCCUCGCUGUUGCUCCUGCUCAUGUCCCUGCGGCCGAAUUGCGCCACCAGUUUGCCCGGUCACAACCAGCAGUUCCGAUCCCACGCACUGAAGAGGCUGCUCGAGGUCUUCGGGAUGGAGGACGCCCCACAGUCCCCUCACAGGGCCCGCCAGCCCCCUCAGUAUAUGCUGGACCUUUACAAUGCAGUUGCAGACGUGGACGGAGUGACCAAGCAACCUGACUUACUCGUGGGAAACACGGUGCGCAGCUUCCUGGAUAAAACUCGCAGCCAGCAGUUCCAGUUCUUUUUCAACCUGUCCAGUGUGGCUAAGAGCGAAACCAUUCUUACCGCUCAGCUGCACCUCUUCAAAUUGAGAGGUCGACUCUUUCAGGAUAACCUGUACGAAAGACAACAACACUUCUGUCAGGUCAGUGUCUACCAGAUACUGGACAGUAAUAACACAUCUACAGCAGAGGAAUUACGACUGCUGUCAUCCAGAAUACUGGCAAUCCAUGACAGCACAUGGGAGGUCUUCACAAUCACCAAGGCUGUAUAUGCAUGGACACAGGAUACAAAGAGCAACAAAGGCUUGAUGGUCAUUGUGCAAACUCUGGCUGGGCAGCAGACCAGCAAUCAUUUUGUCCGUUUUGCCACAGGGAGAGACCAUCACAGCAGCAAGCAACCAAUGCUGGUCCUCUUCACAGACGAGGAGAGGAGAGGGAUUACCACUUCCCCGUCAUUAAAAGAUUCAGACAUAAUUCCGUUUCUCUCUCACAGAACACUCCAGAACAAAGCAAGCCAGAACCGAAAGACAAGGUCCUUGCAUUUCCAAGCAUGUCAAAGGCAUCCUCUAUACGUAGAUUUUGAAGAGAUUGGCUGGUCUGGUUGGAUUAUCUCCCCUCGAGGUUACAAUGCUUAUCAUUGUAAAGGAGCAUGUUUCUUCCCACUGGGCCAAAAUAUGAGACCAACCAACCAUGCCACUGUCCAGUCUAUUAUCAAUGCUCUUAAACUAGCCAAUGAUGUGGCAUCUCCGUGCUGUAUCCCAGACAAACUCUUCUCCAUUAAUCUUCUCUAUUUUGAUGAUGAUGACAAUGUAGUCCUGAAACAGUAUGAUGACAUGGUUGCUGGAAGCUGUGGGUGCCAUUAA